CAUUUAGAAAUGGAUUCCUGCCAAUAACGAGUGCAUCAAAAUUAAAUGCGGCACUUGGCCUUGUUCUCUUGUCUCCAUUUCAAUCUGUUCAUCAUUACUUUAUUCCAUCUCCUCUCAUCAAAACUCCUCUUGGAUUGGAUGCUCCGACACCAUCGAAAUCGCAGGGGAGAAGAAGAAGUCUGAGUUGCUUCAGAUUCAUGCGUUGAAGUGGAAAAGAGAAGAAUAGAAGGAUGAGCUGUUUAGCUCGAGUUUUGGCGGUUCAGUUUCCGCCACAGUCACCGCGUCUUCGCAAUUCGUAUUCUUCGAGCCCUAGGUUUUUGCUGUCGAGCACUAAUUUGAGUUCUAGAUGGCGAUCGAUGGCCGCCAACGCCGACUCUUCGUCCUUCUCGACCUCGACUGACUCUGAUUCUGCCGAUAAAAGUGCCGCCGGAUUUUGCAUCAUAGAAGGUCCUGAAACAGUGCAGGACUUUGCCAAGAUGGAAAUGCAGGAAAUUCAGGAUAAUAUCCGGAGUCGUCGGAACAAGAUAUUCCUGCACAUGGAGGAGGUUCGCAGGCUGAGGAUACAACAGAGAAUUAAAGGAGCUGAACUUGGUAUUCUUAAUGAACAGCAAGAAAAUGAGCUUCCUAAUUUUCCAUCAUUCAUUCCCUUCUUGCCUCCGUUGAGUGCAGAGAAUCUUAGGAUGUAUUAUGCUACUUGUUUCACUCUUAUUGCGGGAAUUAUUCUUUUUGGUGGCCUCCUAGCACCUGUUUUGGAGCUGAAGUUAGGUCUAGGGGGCACUUCAUAUGAAGAUUUUAUUCGUAGUAUGUACCUCCCUGAGCAGUUGAGUCAGGUUGAUCCUAUAGUAGCAUCUUUCUCUGGAGGAGCAGUAGGAGUGAUCUCAGCCUUGAUGGUGGUUGAAAUAAAUAAUGUGAAACAGCAGGAACAAAAACGAUGCAAGUAUUGUCUUGGAACAGGAUAUCUUGCUUGUGCUCGGUGCUCAAGCACAGGAGCUCUUCUUCUUAUUGAGCCUGUAUCAACAGUCAACAGUGGAGAACAGCCUCUAUCAGCACCUAAAACAGAAAGAUGUUCAAACUGCUCUGGAUCUGGAAAGGUUUAGCACCUGAAAACAUGGUUUAGUAUUUGACAGAAAAUUUUCAUUAAUAGAUGAAUAGUUCCUACCUUUUAUGAGCUGCUUUUCCGAGUCUUCUUAAUGCCAAUAAAUGAGUUUCUAAGUUUCAAGAGGAACUGCAGCAUGUGAUACAGUUUUCAAGGACAAAUGAUGAAGAUAUGAUCAAACAUGUCACUUCAUGUGCCAACAGAUCAUUUGAUCCUGCAGUUUACUUAUUCCUUUUCUGGAAGGGAUGCCAAAGCUUUUAAUUGAAUGCUCUCUUCCAUUUCUAUGCUAUUAUUUGCAUAAAUUUUUUUUUCAAGUUUCAAUGUUAUCUUUUAACCCUCAUUUUCCCAAUGGCAGGUCAUGUGCCCUACGUGCCUUUGCACUGGAAUGGCAAUGGCAAGCGAGCAUGACCCACGGAUUGACCCAUUUGAUUAGAGGUGCAUCUCCUCUCUCAUUUGCCAUUCACAUUUAGAGCUUUUGUGCAUAUAUGUGAAUGACUCUAUCAUCUGUGUAUACAAAUUACAAAUAAGAUAAGGGACUACUUAAAUAAGUCCUUUUUUACCAUUUAAGAGGAACCACUGCUUUUCUAAUGAAAAAAUUAAAAUAAAAAAUUACAACCCUUUAAUAGUUUGAUAUCAUCUAUAAAAUUCAUUGCACCUU